UUGCUUUACCCUGUGACUGUUUUCCGUUUUCAAAGUGUAAGAUUUCUUUCACUGUAGGGGAACGUGCCGACUUGGUUAUACUGAUUGAUUUUUUUUUAUUGGCUGCGUACAUUCACGGAGGCAGGUCAGACAGCUUGGAUGGAUUUCAGAGGCGCUGUGUGGGAAGAUGGCGAUGGAUUAUUACAGACAGGCAACACAUCACGUCAAUGGAAAUAGGAUUGUCGAACCGUUCCCUGAAGGUGUACAGAUGGCCAUGUUUGGCAUGGGCUGUUUCUGGGGUGCUGAGAAAAAGUUCUGGGCGCAGAGUGGUGUCUCUUCAACUCAGGUUGGAUACGCAGGUGGAUAUACUCCAAACCCCACCACCAAAGAAGUUGCUACAGGGAUGACUGGCCACACAGAAGUAGUGCGUGUUGUGUACCAUCCAGAAAAAAUCUGCUUUGAGAAGCUGCUGAAAGUCUUCUGGGAGAACCAUGACCCAACACAGGGUAUGUGCCAAGGAAAUGAUGUUGGCACCCAGUACCGCUCAGCCAUUUACACAUAUACACAGGAGCAGAUGGCUCAAGCUCUGAAAUCCAAAGAGGCCUAUCAGAAGGAAUUGGAUCGGGGUUUUCAUGGUGAAAUCACAACUGAAAUCCUGAAGGCUCGUGACUUCUAUUAUGCCGAAGAUUACCACCAGCAGUACUUAGCUAAGAACCCACAUGGUUACUGUGGGCUCGGUGGCACUGGAGUAUCUUGCCCUAUUGACCCUUAGGAUGAGAGAGACUGAAAUGCCUGAGUUUAUAUUCUUUAAUCGGUUCCACAUGAAAUUGCUAAAAUACAAAAAUCGGCAACUAAUUUUUCUUGCCUUGAAGUUUUAGCGUAAAUCCAAUCUUCACUGCAAAUCAAUCGCAAUAGAAAAAAACAUUUAAAUAAGUUACCAGUGGUUUGUUCAUCUCCUGAUUUCAGCAUUCACGUUGAUUUUAAAAAUAACCGAAUUUUGAUCCCCUGAAAAUAUAUUAUUCUUUCUAUUGGAUCUAGGCUCUGGUAUUUUAGGAUGGGAUUUCUUAAUAAGGAAUCUGAGUCACACCAAUGGGGAUUCCUUCCGAUAACUGGUGUGCAUGACAUGACACCACAACACUACAGCACAAACUACUUUCGGAGUAGAAUUCCCAAUGGGCAAUAGGAAUUCUAAUGGAAGUAUUCCCACUGCAAUACCGCGUAAUGUACCUCAAAGUUUCUUUUUGUCACCACAAGUAAAGAUGGGGAGCGAAAUACAGUCCAUCUUCUUAGAUGAUUUGAAGCUCAUGGUUAUGUUGUCUAAUUAAUACAAUGGUUAAGGUGCAGCUUAUAUGUGUUUGAUCCUCUCUUUCAUAUUGGUGUAUUAGGAUUAUGUCUGUGUGCAGGAAUACAAUCACCUUGUAUGUCAUAGAUGUUACACAAAGCUUAAAGGAUCUAUCUCUAAAAGAGGGACGAGGAACUGGUAGGAACAAAGGUUGCAGUAAAUUAUAGUGUAAACGUCUGUCAACUCAACUCCACAAAUAUAUAACAAAGAACAAAAUUUGUCCUUCAGAGCUGAGGCCACUGUACCCCUUAACCAAUGUCUAAAUGCAUGUGAUAUUGUGAAACAACAUGCAGAAUUGGUUUGGAUUUCACUAUUAAAAAUAUAAAGACGGCUUAAUUUCAUUUUAAAGUUUAAAGGUUUCUCUUUGCACUUGAGGAGCCGAAAGGCCCUUUUCACAUCCCAUCUUCUCUUAGACUUGUGAGGGAGAACUUAAGAAGGUUAGUAAGUACAGAAAGCUCCCUCUUUGACUCAGUAUGACGUUGCCUCCCUUUGCUGCCUCUGCCCAUUUCAUAGUGAUGUGCAGCCACCAGUGCUGAAUGAUUUGAGUGUCACCAAAUUGCAUCAAUGCUGUGGACUGUGAUCCUAAUGUAAUAUUAUAGCUACACUUUGUUCAUAAAAUUUGUCCUGCUGGGUUCCACAACAUGUUAUGAAAGUGCCUUCUUUUAACUGAGUACAUUUGUUAGACUUGAAGUUUAUAGGAAAAUAAUUUUGUACGUUUAGAGCUAUAGAUUUGUUCAGUAUAGAAAAGGCCCAUUGGCCCAUUCAUUGUGUCUGUGUUUUGUUCUUUUAAAGAACCACCCCCUGCCUUUUCCCUGUACCCCUUUUCUUUCCUGUUAUCAUAGAACACAAUUCUUACUUAAUAAAACCCAAUUCGGUACAAACGUGGAAUAUGCCAAUACCAUUUAUCUGUAUUUCGUUUUAAGAAUGUUCAGAUCGAAUAAAAAAUAAAGACCUUU